CGAAGUCUUCAGCAGUUUGGCUUGAACAGCGGGACGUUUUUAUAUGAUUUUUCGAAAUAUGAAGGUAUUUAUAUAAAUUUCAAAAACAGCGGAGGAUUUCAGCCUUAAAGUUCGUUGUAAUUUAUCCAAAUGACAACCAUUGUGAACACAUAAUAUCCGAGCUUCGUGAUUUCGGAAUAGGAAGCCCACAAGCCUAUGGAGCCUACCAACAAGCAGUCUGCUUAUUGCUGAUCGCCUGUAUUUGUCCUGUUUGCGAUGCAGGAGAAAUUAUCCCCGGAAAAGCCGAUGCAAGAAUAUCUCCGAAACUCUCCGGCGUUUUUCACACAUCUGCUAUAAAAGUACCAUGGGGAAUUCAACUGAAAUACUGUUUGUUCUACAAGGACUGAAUGAGACAGUGUUAAGCAAACACACAUACUUUAUCCUCAUUCUUCUUGUUUACCUUUUUACUCUUGUGGCGAACCUGACUUUGAUUGUGACAAUUAUUUUGGAGAAAACGCUCCAUGAGCCCAUGCUUGUAUUUCUGUGUAAUUUGUGUGUAAACGGUAUACUGGGCGCCUCUAUAUUUUAUCCUAAAAUAUUGGUGGACCUUUUAUCUGACUUGAGUGUUACUUCGUAUGAAGUUUGUUUGGGUCAAAUAUUUUUAUUAUAUAGCUAUACAAACUGCGAAUUUACCACGUUAGCAAUGAUGGCUUAUGACAGGUAUAUCGCGAUAUGCAAGCCGCUCAAUUACCACUCCAUCAUAACGCCUCAGAAAGUGAUGAAAUUACUAUUAUUUACCUGGGUUUUAUCCAUCUGUGAAUCUGUUGUUGUGGUCGGCCUGGUAGCCAGACUGCCCCUCUGUGGAUUCAACAUCGAAAAGAUUUACUGCACAGCCUGGGCCGUGGUAAAGCUGUCGUGUGUGGACACCACUAUCAAUAACAUAUUCGGGUACAUUUUCAUAGUUUUUAACGUUUCACUAGCAGUGCUGGUCGUGAUAUCCUAUAUUUAUAUAGUCAGAGCAUGUGUGCGAUCGCCUAAAGAACGGAGUAAAUUCAUGCAGACGUGUUUGCCCCAUUUAAUCGCACUGUCCAACUUCUUCAUCGCAGUAAGUUUUGAUCUCAUGUACGCGCGCUAUGGUCCCACCGACCGUCUGCAUGGUCUCCGCAAUUUCAUGUCCUUGGACUACCUCAUUGUUCCACCGAUCCUAAAUCCACUAGUUUAUGGUCUGAGACUGAACCAAAUCCGUCAUAAAAUCUUUAGAAUAUGCAGCCAGAAAAGACAUGCUCUAAAGUGAAUGUCUGCACUUUGUUCAACCAGGAAAACCAAUAUCCCCGCUACGAAUGUAUUCACAAAAAUGACAACAAUAUAAUAAAUUCUCUGAACAGAAUAACUACAGGAUUCUAAGAUGCAGCACAGUUUUAGACAUUCCCAGGAGUAAUAUAAGCCUCUCUUAUGAUCUAUUGGCCUUGUUUGGUUUACAUUAUUUUUUAGUUUCACGCAAAACUUUGUGGGGUAUGGGGCUGUGUUGCCUUGUGUAUGAAAACGUGGCCCGUAUGGUACAUUCAGAGCGGGAAAACCCAGACAGAUGCAAAAUGGAAUGGGUCUCUUUUCCGCCCGUGUUGAGACUGCUAUUCAUAUUUAAGAGAGUAAAAAAAGGAGAUUACAUUUUAAGUUGCAGUGAUAAAAAUAAAAUUCAUAAUGUUUCUCAGUUUCUCAUAUAUGUACAAAAACAUCACCGUAUGAAUUUAUAUGUGGAAAUAAAUAUGUAGAACAAUGUUUUUAAUGAGGUCCGUUAUUUAACUUUUUGAAUAUUGGACACUUCACGGCCAAAUGAGGUAAUCAGCGGAAUGUUGUGUUUGAAGAUCAGUGGUGAGAAGUUAUUGGUGGACACAUUAUACGGGCGUGCCCAACGUGUGGGGAUUCGGAUUGUUGCCAAUAAAAUAGGGAUGUACCAGACAGUUCAGGGUUCUCUUGGGCUACCUAUGAGGAGCUCCCCCAGUGUGCUCAUUGGUCAAUAAAUGUCACUAAUUGAACCUGCCAUUGCCAUCUCAUCCUUGGGGUCCCCAGAAAAAGAAAGGGUAAUGGUAAGCAUGGGAUGUUUCUUCUGUAGCAGUUUAUUUUGUUUCAUAUAAACUUGUACCUCAUGAGUAAACCAUUUGUGGUUUGCAGUAGAUCUAAAAACUAAAAUUACUGAUUAUAAAUUAUACUGCAACUGAUAAAUUAAGUCAAAAACAU